AUUGCGGAUUAAAGUUAGGUCCAGCAUCACGCCUGGCAAAGUUCGCUAAAGAAUGUAAAGAGAAAAAAAGGUGCUUGUUCUCUUCGUAUAAGACUCAAAAAGACUUAAAAGAGAUCUUAAUGAAGCAUGGAAUAGAUGGUAAUGGUAUAGAUGACGAUGAGGAAUUGCAACAAUGCAUAAAGGAAGUUAAGCGUAAGUUGGGAAACAUGGGGACUAUACUUAUUGAUAGCAACGAAGCCAUGAGGUGUGAAUAUAUUUCACCUAUCCUUCACGCAUCACUCUAUAUUGUCAAGAGAAUAACAAAAAAAGAGCUUAGUAUAGUUCCUCAGCUUGAAGUUGUUGGUGAAGAAAACACCGGUUGUGUAGACUAUGCUAUCAAGGCUCUCGAAGAACUGAUUUGCAUCACGGAAGGGAAGUUGCACCAAGUAGUCAUGGUAAACAAGAAAAAACGUAAAGCAGAUGAUGCGUUUGGGGAAUACUUUGAUUAUAUUUAUGGAAUUGUAACGACAGGUAUACAUUUUCUCUGUUUUGUUUUUGAUAGUAGAGACCCUCUCAAUAUCAAGUUUAGCGAGUCGGCUCUGAAAAAAGAUUCGGAAGCUGAUAUAGAAUUACAAAAAAAUGUGAAGCGAGUAAUGGAGGUCAUUGUUGGAUUAUUAAAGGAUAUGGUGGAUGUUGAGAAAGAGCCAGCAAUGAAGAGACAGCGGGUGCAGGAGUACUUCGAAAAGUAA